UUCCGUUUCAGUGCCCGAGGAGGCAGACAGCGCGGAAGCCAGCCAGAUGGCGCAGGCGGCGCUGACGGAGGCGGAUGUGCGGAGGGCCCUGACGACAGACAAAGGGCCCGACGCAGACCUCACAUCCUGGAGCACGAAGCCGGCGACGAAGAAGGGUGACAACUACAUCAGCGCCUUGACGGGGGUUCAGGUCGUCUACUCGCAGGAGGGGCAGCAGAAGGAGGCUUCCUACAUCGUGAAGCUGAAGCAGGACGAAGGAGGCAGCGGGAAAUGCCAGAUGAACAGGAUGGUGUACGGGUCGGAGGGGGGCUUCUACACCCGCCUGCUGCCCCGACUCAACCGCGCGCUGGAGACUGCGGGGACCGACGCCCUAAGAGUGCCCCGGUGCCCUCACGUGUCCUGGGGCGAAGGGGACAAGCAGCUUUUCCUGGAGGACCUCAGACCCCGGGGGUUCACAGUGCAUGACCGCAGGAAGGGCAUGGACGAGCGACACACCUACCUCGUCCUGCAGGAACUGGCUAAGCUCCACGCCGCGUCUUUCCUGCUGCAGCGAGACUCCCCCGAGGAGGACCUGGCCGCGACCUUCGACUUCCUGACGUGGGAGUGGUACAACUUCUCCGACAUCACCGAGAAGACGUUCGACAGCGUCCUUUCGGGAGGAAUGCUCACCGCCUCCCGCCUCGCCAGGAAGAUCGGCAACGAGCAGGUAGCGAGCUGGUUCGAGACGCUGGCGCCGACGGGGGUGGAGUGCCUGCGGGAGCAGCUCAAGCCCAGCGCCCCCUUCAACGUCGUCGGCCACGGCGACUGCUGGGUCAAUAACCUGCUUUUCAGGUACGACUCGAAAGGUCAGCCUCAAGAGAUCAUGCUCCUCGACUUCCAGUUCUGCCGACGCUCCUCCCUCGCCGUCGACCUCUCCUACUUCCUCUUCACCAGCCUGACGGGCGACGUCAGGAACAAACACCUCGACCAGUUCCUGUCCUUCUACUACGACGCCUUCGCCAGGAUCGUGGCCGCGGGAGGGGCGAGGCUCCCCUUCUCCCUGGAGGACGUGAGACUCGAGUUUCGAAGGAAGAGGCUCAUCGGGCUGGUCUUCGGGGCGCUGAUGAUGCCCGCCCUCGUCUGCGCGGACGACGAGGUGCAGGAGCUGGACGUCACCUCCAGCGACGCCGCCAAGAACUACGUGGAGGUGAAGCGCCAGAACUCGCUCUCGAUGCUGGAGAAGAACCCGCUGCUGGAGCCCCGCCUGGUCGACCUGUACGCGGACAUCGAGGCGUUUAUGGAGCAGAAGUAGCAGUGUGCUGGAUAUGUGUAGUUAUCAUUAUUACUAGUAGUAGUACUAUUAGAAGUAUUAUUGUUAUUAUUAUUGUUAUCAUCAUUAUUAUUAUCAUUAUUGUUAUUAUUGUUGGUGUUAUUAUUAUUAUUAUUAUCAUUAUUAUUAUUAUUAUUAUCAUUGUUAUUAUUAUUAUUAUUAUUAUUAUUAUUAUUAUUAAUAUUAUUAUUAUCACUACUACUACUAAUAUUAUUACUAUUAUUAUCAUCAUUAUCAUUGACAUUAUUAUUAUCAUCAGUAACUGUAAUAACAUUAUCAUUACUAUUAUUAUUAUUAUCCUUAUAAUUAGCAUGAUAAUUAUUAUCAUUAUCAUUAGGAUUAUCAUAAUCAUUAUUAUUAUCAUUAUCACUAACAUUAUCAUUAUUGUCACCAUUAUUAUUAUCAUUCUUAUACACUCAUAUACAAAAACGUAAAUUAUUUGAACUGUCUCAAAAACUCACAGAUUUAUGAUUCCGUUUUUAUUGCAUGUAAUUAAUUUCAUCUUUGUACAAACAUUACUUUGUUUGUCUUCAUGUAUGUGUGUCUGUAGGGCAAAAAAAAAAAAAUAAUAAUAAAAGCAAAUCCGAAACAACGAUAUGUAUUGUAGUUCAAAACACAGCUAUUUCGGGGUUAUAAAGGUUAUACUAAUAAAAGAUUUAAGAGGA